AUGAACCGUCACAUCUUCCGCCGCUUGUUGCCCCAACCGGUAGCCAACAAAGGAUCAGAGCUACGCGAUCACCAGGCUAAUGAGCGAACUUUUCUAUCUUGGAACCGUUUCGGGCUAGCCUUUGCGGCUAUGUCACUUGCACUCGCUCGACUUGAUAUCAUUGACAAUAUUUUCAACCGAAAACACCGCGACGAGACAGCCGCGGCUUCCAAAGCAUCAUUGGAUCCCAACACUGAAGGAACUGUCUCAAACAGACAAUCAGGGAACUCGCCAAUCCUUCUUCAGUACGCCAAUGAUCACGUCGCUAGUCGCGUAUGUCAAGCCAUCAGUAUUUGGUCGUUUGGCUAUUCACUAGCCCGGUAUACCUCUACCCGAAGGAACUUAUUGGCAGGGCGUUAUAUCCCUUCAAUCUGGGGGCCUGUCUUUGUCACAAUUGGUUCGCUCGGGGUGUUUGGGAUGACUCUCAAGCUGGGAUAA